AAAAAAAACUUCUCGAUUAAAAUGAACUGUGUGUUUGUUUUUAUCGAUCUGUGGAAUUAGUGAUUUGCUUGUUUGGAUUUACUGAUACUGUCCACAGGUAGUAAAAAAGUAGAGUUUUAGUAAAGUGAGAAAUUGUUCUAUUGUAUAUUGCUUAAGUUUUCCUCCAUAUGUUUUGGUUUUGGCAAUGCUUGUCAGAUAUCAGUAAUGAAACUGUGAAUCGCCUUUGAUUUGGUAUGUUGGAUGUAUUUGGGGAUAUUUUGGUGUCUUGAUCUAUUCAGUGUGCCAUAAAAAGGGCGAUUUUUCUCGAGUGGAUAUCAUUAUCACAGGUUAUGUGAACCAUAGUAGAAGAUAGAAGAUCGGUUGGAGCUAUUAUCAGAAGUAUAAUGGGCUCAAGAUUCCCAUCGCAUCAGCUCAGCAAUGGCUUGUAUGUUUCAGGCAGGCGUGAGCAGCCAAAGGAGAAGCCUUCAACAAUGAGCUCAGUUGCCAUGCCAUACACUGGUGGAGAUGUAAAGAAAUCUGGUGAGCUUGGCAAAAUGUUUGAUCUUCACACAGAGAAAUUGAGAAAAUCUGGACCUCUCACCAGUGCUUCAUUCAGAGGCACAACUCCUCACUCAGGACCUGUAAUGCCUAAUGCUUCUGGUCGAACCGGCUAUUCGGGUUCUCUCGCUUCCGCAAUUCCUGGUUCUGUCUCAUCAGGAAACAGACAAGUUUCUAACUCUGGACCUCUUAAACAUGGGGAUUCAGUUAAAAAGACAUCUGGUCCACAAUCUGUAGUAAACACAAUGGCUCGCCAGAAUUCUGGCCCCCUCCCACCAGUGCUACCGACAACGGGUUUGAUCACAUCUGGGCCAAUUAAUUCUGGACCACUUAACUCAACUGGUGCUACUCGUAAAGUAUCUGGUCCACUUGACUCGACUGGAUCAAUGAGGCUACAUACAAAGAGCAUUGCCCGCAAUCAGGCUGUCACUAAUCUAAGUCAGGAUGAUGAUUAUCUAUUCAAGGGGAGUUUACCAAAGCCGAUUUUGUGGUCUGUUGUUUUGUUGUUUGCAAUGGGGUUUAUAGCAGGUGGUUUCAUUCUCGGUGCUGUUCACAAUGCUGUUCUUCUUAUCGUAGUUGUGGUUUCCUCUGGAGCAGUCGCUGCAUUUUUCAUUUGGAAUGCGUUCUAUGGGAAGAGAGCGGUCAUACAAUUUAUUGCCCGAUACCCUGAUGCUGAGCUGCAAAGUGCAAAAGAUGGGCAAUAUGUUAAGGUCACUGGGGUUGUAACAUGUGGUAAUCUUCCCCUCGAAUCUUCAUACUGUAAAGUUCCUCGAUGUGUCUAUACAUCUACUUCUCUAUAUGAGUAUAGGGAUUGGGACUCGAAAGCUGCCAAUCCCAAGCAUCUACGCUUUACAUGGGGACUAAGAUCAAUGGAGAGGCAUGUGGUUGAUUUCUACAUCUCAGACUUCGAAUCAGGCUUACGAGCUUUAGUCAAAGCUGGCUACGGUGCUCAAGUGACGCCGUAUGUGGACGAGUCUGUUGUUAUCGACAUAAACACAAAAAACAAGGAUUUGGCUCCUGAUUUUCUCAAGUGGUUGCGCAAGAGGAACCUUUCGAGUGAUGAUCGCGAAAUGCGCAUGAAGGAAGGCUACAUAAAAGAAGGCAGCACUGUUAGCAUCAUGGGGGUCGUCCGAAGGAACGAUAAUGUCUUAACGAUAGUAUCCCCUUCAGAGCCCCUUCCCAUUGGAUACCAAUGGUCGGAGUGCAUUCUUCCGGCAAACCUUGAAGGAUUAAUAUUGAGAUGUGAGGACUCAUCAAAAGUAGAUGUCAUACCAGUGUAGAGCACAUAAUUAAUCGCCUGCUGUUAAAAUUUCUCUUUUUUAGACUUCAAAGUCCAUGUCGAGAUCAAGUGAUCAUACAUAUAGAGGAAAGUGUCUCUUCCUUGGUUGGGCAAGUUUUUGCGACUUUGAUUUCUGACAUUUGAGUGAGUACAUAUCAGUGCAAAGUUUAGUUUGA